AUGAGUACUCCAGGCCCGACGAAGGAUUUCGACUUCAUUCUUAUCCCUCAAAGACUCCGUUACGAUCCAAAACGACCGUUCCCUGAGUUGGGUAUCGGACUCAUUUUGCUUUUCGCAUUUGCUUGCACUUUCAUUGUAGCGAAUCUGUACUACUGUCAAACAUUGUUAUUCCAGUUCUCAGAAGAGUUCGGAGUCCCAUAUUCUGAUUCUUCCAGAGCCGUCACUCUCGUUCAUGCUGGAUAUGCCGUAGGACUAUUCUUUAUCGCACCCUUGGGGGACCUCCUCCGCCGCCGCCAACUAAUACUUGGACUUGUUUUCUGCUCCACAACUCUGAUGCUCUGCCUUGCUCUCGUACCCGACUGGAACGCUUUCCUCGCACUCUCCUUCCUGGCAGGAACAAUCAACAUCGCAACCCAGAUACUCAUCCCUCUCGCAGCGGAUGUCCUUUGGUCAUGGGGAUGCUUGUUGCGCGAGUUCUUGCGGGGGGUGAUAGCCGAGUAUGCCGACUGGCGAGUGGUGUAUUACCUUGCGGUAGGCGUGCAGGUCAUCGUGUUGGUGGUGUGCUAUGCGACGAUCCCGGACUACCCGGCCAAGAAUAAAGGCAUGAGGUAUUGGGAACUGAUAAAGUCGAUGCUAGGCUUUGUAGUGGGAGAGCCACUGCUGAUUCAGGCGUGCCUUGUCAACUUUCUCGCAUCAGCUGGCUACUCGAAUUUUUGGACCACGUUGACAUUCUUGCUGGGGGGCCCUCCGUAUAACUAUUCUACGUUGGUCAUCGGGCUUUUCGGACUUGUAGGGAUCGCUGGUGUAUGCUUGACGCCACUGGCAACUUUGACGAUCGACAAAUUACAUCCGUGGUACGGAUCAGUUCUGGGUACCGUACUUUAUGCUUGCUUCCAAUGCCUCUUGGUAGCUGCGGCCGGUCUCCAUUUUGCUUCUAUCCUUCUUGCUAUCAUAGGAAUAGUUGUAUUCUGCCGAGUACUCCAAGUCUCCCUUCAAAUGUCUGUAUUCAGCAUUUCCACGGCAGCUACAACCCGACUGAAUGCUCUGCUACUCUUGUCGUUCUUCCUCGGGCAGGUAAUGGGCUCGUCCGUGGGUUCUCGCGUAUUUCUGGAGAGUGGGUGGAGAGCAGGAGCGGGGCUAUCGCUGGGCUGGACGGGUAUCGGUUUUUUUCUGCUUCUCAUUCGUGGACCGCAUUGUGAGCGAAGAACAUGGUUUGGAUACGAGGGUGGAUUUAGUUUGAGAAAAGACGCUGAACCGAAGGACGAGGCGACGAGUGAGAAGGACUCUACUGAGAAUGUUUAGCAGCACUUCAAUGAUCCACCCAUUGCGUGCACACCAGUAAAUAUUAGGCCGCUAGAAUUAGACCUGUAUCACCUAUGAGAUCAGGGAAAUAGUCUUAUCCAGAGUGGUAUAACCACUGUCAAAGAUUUCAGUUAGG